AUGGCACAGUCGCCCGCACAGUCUAACACGCCCUCAGGCUCGGAUCCUGCUUUCUUUCCAAGACGAGAAUUCAUACGCGACGAUCGCAUCCCUUCCACAUUCUCUAUCCUCGCCAUCUCGGGCUCUGCUUGCAUCAGGGUUUACAACUUUCUUCCACCACUCAUAUCCGCGCUUCGCACAUUUCUCGACCGCGACCACCUCGUUACCGCUUUUCGUGAGGAUGCCAUACAGAACUUCUGCGAAUUCUGCCUUGAAGGCAAGCCGUGGGCGAGUCCAAAGAGCACUUUCACAGAAAAGCUACUGGUAGACAUAUUGGCUCUGCUCUAUCAGAAUGGGUUCGUGUUCCUCUCCACUAUCGACUAUGGUCGCGAACAGGAUGAUCGCAUCGCUAUGGCAUUUUCGAAGCCCCAUACCUCUCCACCCACUCAUUCCUCAUCGUCAUCGCCUCGACCCUCGUCUACCUUUAGCCGUGGAUCUUCGGCAACCCUCAAUCGCCCUCUCAAGGUCCCGUUCGCGAUAUCAUUUCCUAACGCUACAACUUUGCGUGUCAUAUCACCUCCUCUUCAUUCUACCCCAGCCAUCCUGCAGACUGUCCGUGCCGCGUGGCCGCGGGGUGUUGUCUCAGAAAAGAAAAUUCGCGACACGGUCUUUGAGUUCAAACUGAAAGGGUACAAAUGGUUUCAGGAGGAUACAUUUGCGACGGAUUCCCUUCGCCAGGUCCUCGCUCUCCUCGGAUCUCUAGACUCCUAUGGCUUUACACUUCUUUGUUCCAUAUCUAUAGCGAAUCGAUCCCGUGUCAAAGACUUGUGGAUAUUCACUGGUAUCUCACACGGGCCCUCCCCUGAUACAUCCUCUUCCAAAACAGAUCUUCUCAAAGAGAAUGGACAUGUACAUCAGCCUUCACCGCUGUCGAUGCACCACGCUGUCUUGCGGAAAGGCGCUCCGCGCGCGCAAGUACCCGUUUCAGUUGGCGUCUCGAUUGACUCGCAGGAGAAUAUCCCUGCCAUGCCUGGUCCUAGCUUCCCGCGCACCGAGAAUGAUCUUGUGCGCCUCCCCCUCCCCAGUACCGUCAGCAGCGAUAUCGAUAUGACCGGUAUCGGAGCAGGAGGAUUCCGGCUAUCAGGACGACGAGACGAACGAUACCCUCUUGGCUCCGGUCCGACCGUAUUGUACACUGCUGGUCCACCAAACCCCUACUUUCCUUCGGUCACGGACUAUGCUGCUGAGCCUACAUCAUCACCUGGUGCGAGCGCACUCGCGCCCUCGUCUCCGCAUGUUGCUGCGGAACCUGAGAAUCUUCAUCCAACGGCGCAGUCAGCUCCCAUUCCUCCAAGAACUCUACCGCGUCCCCCUAUACUCGCGACUCGUCCUAACUUGUCUCUGCAAUCGUCCGGUUCGACGACAACACCGCCUUUACUGGGACCAGGUGCGUUCCGUGAUUCUGCGUUCAGCUCGAGCACGGGCCAAACAUACGAUAUACCGAUCACAUGGACAGGUGAAGAACAGGAGAAGGCUACAUUCAAGGAGCAGGUGACGCCUGAGUUACAGCUCCCUGGAGGAUGGGCGAGUCCCGUGGAGGAGAAACAGGGAGAGCAGGCUGAGUUGAAGGUCCAUCCGUCUAUGGGUGCGCAUGGACGUGGCAAUGGAAAUCUACCGGAGCUGAGGCUGGGAAAAGACAAGAUACCCUUCACCCAGGUGGUCAAGGUCGCAGAGCCUGAACUCGUGCAGCCGGAGGUCGAUCGGAAGAGCGAAAUGGCUUUGCUGGGAGAGUUGCCGCGGCCGCAGAGGAGACAGAGAAGUGCCUCUGAGCAGGGAGAGAGGCUAAAAGAAAGGCCUAAAGGUGAUGGUUGGGUCCUCGUCAACAUUGGUCCCACCGGUAACAGUCCGGCGAGUCCUAUGCCUCCUUCGCGCACCACCACCUCGCCAUCUUUGCCGGCGCGGGUUCGAAGCGCCUCUGACCCGUCGCUUCUACAUUUAACAUCGCCCACCAGAUUGACAUCGCCUAUCAGCGGAAAUGCUAAAGCGAACACAGGCGCAAGUCGUACGGGCACGCAUCCUUCUACCAUGUCUCCCGCCGCGAAAUCUAUCGUCAUCAUUGACGCAAUGGAGGCGAGGAAACCGAAUGGCCAUGCUCCUGGAGGAAUGGCGAGUGCUCAGCCUUCUGCAGAGUCUCCUUCGAGCCUCCGUCGAGUUUUCUCACUCAAUCGACAGAAGCCAUCUGGCAAGACGCAUCGGCGCACAACGUCGUCUACUUUGUCGCCAUCCGCUGCCAACAGCAAACCCCGGUCAGGACAGGAGGAAGGUGAGAACAAGAAGCGUGUUGGGCUGAUAGAGCGCUGGAGGAGAUUGGGCACGACGGAGGCUUCAAGGGCCGCGCGCCGUGUCUCUGUUGAUGGUGCGUAAGACUGAAGACGGUUGUGAGCUAAUUUGGCAGUAUUGGCUCCAAUGUGUACGUGUACGAAGCCGGGUCUGUGACGCCGGCCGACCUUUUUUUUUCUUCUCUUACUUUCUUCACUUUCAAUUCUCUCUCACCCCCACUUUUGUUUGCCUUACCUUGUCUUAUCAUUUUCUUCCAUGUCUCCUGGAUCUAUACCUGUCGAUUUCCCGACGCCCUGUAUCAUAUCCACGCCCCACGAUCAGAUGCUACCUUUCCACAUGCACCAUCUUAGGUCUUGCCACGAUUCUCAGCACGUUUGCCUUAAUGCUAGUGACAGUGCUAUUAGUUACGUACUUACGUGCUAGUUUGAUAGAGGUUCACGAUUAUGCUCCACGAUGGAUGGUUUGAUGACCGCUCGUCCUAUUCAGCUACUUGAUCAGACAGAUUAAUGCUCGUUAUACACAGUAAAUGGCACGACCACCACCCUGCAUUCUUC